AGCCACUACGCGGUCCUCGGCGUCGCCGCGACGGCGACGGACGCGGACGUGCGGCGCGCCUACCGGAAGCUCGCCUUAGCGCACCACCCGGACCGCCACGCGCGCGACCCCGGCGCCGCGACGUCGGCGGCGGCGGCCAUGGCGAAGAUCAACGAGGCCUACGGCGUCCUCUCGGACCCGCGGCGCCGCGGGCUCUACGACGUC